CAUUCACGAGAUCUCUCGGCACAAGGGAGAGAAGGUACAGCUGUUUUCGGUGAGCAGGUUUCCAUUUUUUGUGCAAAACCACAUGUGUAAAGACACGUGUUUUCUCUCAGACAUUCUAUUUAUAUUUAGUUGACUACGAGUAGCUAUUUAAUAACGUUCAUUAUUAUAAUUAAGCGUAACAACCUCAAUUCUCGAUGCAAUUUUUGAAAAAGAUAUUUGAUAAGGUCAGAACUUAAACAAUGUCAAAAACGUCGGUAGACCAUUUUGCAGUUUUGGGCUUGUCCCUGUCUUCGAGUGAAUGUGAGGCUAAGGUUGACCUUGUUUUGAUUCAAACCUCAUUUAUAUUCUUAUGGAAAAAAUAUUUAUGCAUGAAAAAAACUAGUUAGCAUAAGAUCAACAUCAUUUACAUCGGAAGGCAGGAUUGGUUGUAUCAAAACAAGGUCAACUUCAGCUUCGUUUCUAUCUAUAACUGUAAAAUAGGCUAUUAGUGUUAUUAACUUACUGCAAGGAUAGGGAAGGAAUGUUAGAAUAGGUACGUGUAGCUGGGGUGGAGCGAGGGCAGCGUCAAUCAAAGGCUCAGUUUUUUAGUUGUGUAAAUGUGAUUGAUAAAGCAGGCAUUGCAAGAGGUUAUUGGCAGAGAGAAGAUAUUGUUGGUUUUCACAUGACGUCACUAAAAUUCAAACUACAAAACUAUCGAUCGUACUGAGAUUUUACUUUCACAAUGUAUUAGAGCAGCUGAUCGUGCGCACAACCCAUGAAGCACUUCCUUAGUAACAACUUGGAGACGACUGGGAACGAGUCUGUCCUCAAGCCUCUUUCUCAAAAUGAGGGUACUAGUGGAAAGCCUUUGAUAUGAAUGAAAUUGAAACAAACACAGUAGCUGUUUAUUUAUAUCUAUUUAUUUUCUCUUGAAAAGGACCAUGCACAGAGUGUAUUUUUAUGGAUAAUUUGGAUUAGUCAAUUUUUGAGAGGAUCACAGAAGGUGCUUGCAGAUGACAUCUGAAGAUGCAGGAUUCUUAGUCCUGCAGAAUCUAAGUCGCCCAGCAGUUAAAGGUUUUGCUGAGUUUUGCAGCAGUUCUUUAAUUGCACAUAGAAAUAAAGGGUUAAGUGAAGGCCUCAAAGUUUCCUGCACAAAGCUACAGUACACAUAUCCAGUAAGAAUUUCUACUAAUAAAAGUUAGAUUUAGAGGUAGCAGAUCCACAGAUAAUCUUAUAAUCCUAACCCCAAAUUUUGCCCAAUCGCAUCUUUGGCAUCCUACAUCUCGUGUAUAUUUUCAAUCUCAAAUCUCUGCACCUCCAGUUGGCUUUAAAAUCCCAAAUCGUGGCUUUCAAAGAAGGUGAAUUCUGAAUCCCAAUAAACCUUUUGGGGACAUGCACUCUCUCAGCUUUUUGCUACUCGCUUAGUAUAUAUAUACACUCGCUUUUCGGGCCAAUUUUUACAUAGAAAAAGAUUGUUUUGCCGUGUUUGGAUGCAAUAAUGAUUGCCUUUUUCCUGAGAAAUAUACAGUGAAGUUCUCCUUUUACCCAAAAAGCACAUGUAAAUACUGAGUGGGUGCCCCUUAGGCAUCCCAUAAUACUCCUUAAAUCUAUUAAAUUUGAUAUGUCCGUCCGCGUAUUGGUAAAAAGGUCUCUUAAACUUGCUUUCAGAUUUAUCAAAACAAACUUUGGACAAAUGUUGCUUGGCCUGCAAAUAUCUAACGUUCUAACCCUUCAUCAUCAUUGUUCGUGUAUAGUUACAUUCCUCCAUAUGUGUGUUGCUUCCGUUACUCUGUACAUGUGUAUUCUUAUAACUGCUCCUCAUAUUUUGCAAUUUAAGUUUUUUGUUGGAGGUACCUAUUUUAAUAUUUUAUUUAUAAUAAUUAUAUUGCACUUUUUUUAACAGUUAAAGUUGCUCAUUGCAAGCCGUGCAUCAUCAGUACCAAGCUGUCAGUGGUUGUACAUCAUAACAUUUGGUGGUGGACUUGUUGAGGGAGACAAUGUCUGUGUUGAUGUCAAGGUUGGAGAGUUAUCUACGGUAGUUGUUACCACACAAGCUUCAACAAAGGUAUGUUACACUGUAAUCAAGCUAUUUUAUACCACAUUUCCUCAAAGAAACUAAGCACUUAUUUUAAAAUUCUUACUAUCUUUGUAGAAUUUUUUGCUCAUUGAAGGGGCUGCUUAUUCAAAGGGUGCUUUAAUCUAUGGACAGUAAGAGGGAAGGCUUGACUGGAUAUUUUUUAAUCCAUUUAUUAUCGGUGAAUGGGUUGAACCAAGGAUUCAUUUCAUAAGACCAUCCCAUUUUUUUUUUGUUUAGCAUCGAAUGCAUUCCCUGAUAUUGGGUCGGUUGGUUGGAUUGAAAAAAAAAACUAAAAAAAAAAAUCGGAAGAAGUCUCAGAAUAGGAGGCCCUGGUACCUCAGGACGACGUUAAAAGUUAACAUUCACACAUUUGGAUUAACAAAGUGCAUAAUGUACUGUAAAAAAUGUUCCUGUUUUUGUUCCUGUUUUUCUCUAUGCUGUUACUAUGCUCAUUUUUCAGAUUAAAAGAAUUAUUUCAAGUGAAAAAUGGUUUAACUACGUCGCUACUUUUUUUUGAAAACGCCAAAAAUUUGGGUUGGUUGGACGACACUAAACAGAGAAAAAAAGGGGAUGGUCUAAGAAAAUGAAAUACUUUGUGAUUUUAUCUGGGUGAAGUCCUUGAUAAGACUGUAGAUAACAGUGACUUUGCGACAACUUUUGUGGUAGUCAUCUUCAGAGGCAAAGUGAGUUAUAUCAAAGUGAGAUGUCAUGGAAAGUGGGUGUGACAGGGAUGGGUCAUAGGCUGGAUUUGAACCAGUAAGUUUAUUUGCUAAGUGAACAUUUGUCACCAGCAUUUGUUCAACUACCUUUGUCCUGUAGGUUUAUAACUCUGAUGAGGGGUUUGUCACAAAGCAAGGACUACGUGGUCAUGUUGCUAAUGGAGGGUUAUUGGCAGUACUUCCAGAUCCUGUGGUCUGCUUCAAGAAUGCAAUGUACAAUCAACAGCAGGUACAUGUAGUUCUGCCACAUUAUUAAUGUACAAUGAGUUGAGAUAUAUCUUAUGUCUAAAAAGGAGAGCUUUUUUAAUUCAUAAUGGUUACUUGGGGUGCAAGGGAUGGUACAGAGGUGAACGGAGAUCAUUCACCUCCUACCAAUGUGGCCCAAACUCCUGGCAUUCAGAUGCCAUGUGUGGCUUGAAUUUGUUGUUGAAUCAGUCCCUUGCUCCAAGAGGUUUUUCUCCAGGUGCUCCAGUUUUCCCCUCUCUUCAAACCAACACUUCCAAAUUCCAAUUCAAUUUGGAACACAAGUACAUGUUUAAAUGAGUUUUAGGAACUCUUGGAUAAACAAAUUACAAUUACAAAUACUUGGAAUGCCGUAUGAAUUUGUACAAAAUGUUUUAUCUUAUAGAUGAAGUAAUGGAUUUAGGUACUUAUUUCUUGUUACGUACUUGUUGCCUUCAUUAAUAUCAUUGCAGGAUUUUAAACUGACUUCAAAUGGCAGCGUAGUUGUUCUUGACUGGUUUACUGCUGGGCGCAUGGCUCUUGGAGAAGUCUGGGAUAUGACAAGGUAAUUAUGUGGACACCUUUCCAUGACAGAUAGUUUUCUUGGUCCAAACUUUUAUGCCUUCCCUAUAUCCAUAAAAUAUGGACAUCUCAUGAUACAGACAUUCACCUUGUACUCUGACAGAACUCCCUGGAUGGUUUCAUUUUCAAGGUGUCCCAGGGAGGAGGGGGGGGGGCUCCUAUAUAAAAGUGAUAGGGAUGCUCGUGGGAAAAUUUAAAUUAAACCCCUAAGGGAGACCAAUGUGGGUUUGGCUGAAGAUUUAACUGAGCCUUAAGGGUCAGUGUCACGGCAUUUUUUGUAAAUUUCGUUAUGCACAUUACUAAGUGACACCUGAAUGGGAAAAUAUAGUGACUUUCCAUUCCAAACACCCUAAUUGAGACCAAAAUUUGCUUUUUACACCCUAAAGUGAGAUGAAGAGCAUCCCUGUCACUUUUAUAUGGGAGGGUCCCCCCCGCCCAACAGGUCAGGGUGUUUGACUGUAAAUUCUAACAGUAUAAAAAUCAAGGAUUCUGUGUUAAAACAUUCCCUGCCCCACCUCUUUUUCUUGUUGGCGAGAAUGGGAUAUCUUUACGUGGAGCAAUAUUAAUUGAUAUUUAAAUUCAAAGUGAGGAAUUUGCACUUUCAGCGUGCAAAGAAAAUUGUGUCCAAUUCCCUGGGACUAGUGGAUUUUGCUAUCGGGCUGGUGAAUUCUGUUCUUAAUAUGCCCGACAGGCAAUUGAAGUUUUUCGGGGAGAUUCAUAUAUUUACAGCAAAACGUUACUGUACUGCAGCUUGCAGUAAUGGCAAGCUAUAAACUGACUUUCUUUCCACCCAGACUUUAUGUGACAAAUUCCUCAUGAAUACUUAAAUUAUAUGCAUGUGCACCAUCUGGCUUUUAUUUAUUUAUUUUGUUAAUGAUCUGAAUUAUCAGAAUUUGUUGUUGUGAGAUACUAGAAGGCUUUUAAUAAACAUAUUACCAGCCAAUAAUUUUAAUGUUGUUUUAUGAGUGUUAAUUUGUUUUCAUCAAAAUCUAGUUACAAGAGCCACAAUAGGGUGUUUGUCAAUGGCAGACUGGUUUAUGGAGAUUCUGUUAGUUUUGGCAGUGCAAACAGAUUCAUGUCUUUGAAGGAAUCUAUGUCUGGCUCAAUGGUAUUGUAAUUCUUCAUGACGAUAGUUUACUGUACUGUAUCAAAUCAUUGAUAGUUAUUACCUUGUAAUUAUUAAAUUGGAUCAUUCUUUCCUUCUGGGUCUAAUUAAUACCUUGAAAACAAAUAAUUAUACCAGUAUGUACACUGUACAUUUUGAAUUCCCAAAUAGUUUGUCCUCAAUUUCCCAAAAUACUUCUCAUGGUUUUCGGAACAUAUUUUUUCAGCUAUUUUUAGCGGGUCAUGUAUAUACGAGAAAUGCAAAGCAUAAUUUGAUACUACCAAAACCUAGGACUAUUGUGGCAAAAAAUGCUUUCAAGUUUUCGGCAGCCAGGCGCUGGAAUGAAGUGCCAAAAGACAUCAAAGAGGCCCAGUCAAUAAGAACAUUUUUGCUAAAACUUAACGUACCUUUCGUGACCAUAAUCUUUGUAAAUAUUGUUUGUAAGUAGGACUUUCUAGAAUUAUGUAUAUUUAAUUUUUAUGUCAAUUUUACUUUUUUAUUUUUUGGAUGUUCAAUUUUUUGUUGAGGGCCAUGUACGUAUAUAAUCUGUGGAUAUCAAGUGAAACCCCAUUGAAAAAAAGUAUCUAUCCACGUUUGUAUAUAUCUAGAGUGGAAGGCUGAUUUUGAAACAUGCUCCAACUAUUGGAGGGGCAACCCUUGGUAUUUACUUCGUGCUAAUCUGAGGGGGGCAUUGGGAUUUUCGGUUUUGCGGUUUUGGCUAUUUUUUAGAUGGGUUUUUCGGUUUUUGUUGCAAAACACUUCGGUUUUUCGGUUUUGGUGGUCAUUGUGGUUUGCGGAUUUUUCGUUUUUUAGCAUCUGGUUUUCGGUUUUCGUGAAAAAUACAAGCGGUUUUUCGGUUUUGGUACCCGAUGUGGUUUUUGGUUUUUCCUAUUUUGUCCUAUUUUGGGUUCCGGUUUCUGUUCGAUUUGAGCACACAGCUCUCGAAUAGCCGCGAAACGCCAAAGUUAUUUAGAGGAAUGCGUGACAAAAGAAAUGUCAUGGUAGGGUAUCAAGCGUCUCCCUUGACGCCCGGCGAGCCUUUGACCUCGCAGACCAGGGCGACCAUUUGGUCAGUUUGCGAGCUAUGGCUUCCGUGCCUCCCGCGCCAGCAACGAAAGAAGCAAUUGUGGAUUGUGUUGCGUUUUUUUACGAGGAGGGGAGUUAUCAAAUGGUAAUGUUCGAUUAGAGAUUUUCGAUUGAAAUUUCCAGAGCUAUAGCUUUUUGCGACUGCAAAAUUGCAAUUCUAAAGAGUACUGGUGUGCAAAUUCUCCUAAGUUAACUAGGCUCCAUAACUAGCGGCUUUUCGGAAAUUCAGCUGCAAAGUCUGGGCUCGAGAGAGCGGCAGAAACAAAGCCUAUGAUUUAAGCAGACACAAAAAGAUACGAAGGCUUCAGACAAAGUCCAUGACAUUCAAAAAUACUUUGGUGAAAUUAGUGUUAGUUUAGUUUGCUCUGUAUGCCCCACUUGUCACCAUUGUAUCGGUUUUUGACAGUUUUGUCUGUGGUUUUCGGUUUUGGCUGAAUUUUUUUGCGGUUUUGCGGUUUUGGAUGAUUUUUUUCUUCGGUUUUGCGGUUUCUAAUAUACCCCAAUACCCCCCUCUAAUCUGUAAAUGAUACCACUAAAAAAACUAAUUUAAAAAGUAUAUUCAAGUCACCAUUGGGGAGGGCUUAAAAGAGCGGGCCAGACCACCCUCAGAGGCCCAGGGGCAGUCAGUCAAGUGCUUGAAAACUGUCAUCGCGCCUUUUCUCCAGACCCGACUGACUGCCCCUGGGUCUCUGACGAUGGGGCCUGACUAGCAUUCAUUAGGUUUCUUAGAGAGGUUACAGCAGGAGUAGCUGCAUGUCCCCCUUGGGGUCUGUUCCUUUUGCUGCCUUUAGCGUCUUUUACGUGCUGUUUAAAAAAGGAGCAGGGGUGUAUUAUCAGGUUUAAAAACUUGAGAUGCAGCCGAAAGUUUUUAAACCUGAUAAUACACGACUGCGAGUUUUUUGAAUGGCUUCAAAAUCUCUGAUAUAGAUCAACUCGUUCUUGCACUAAUUUAUUUAGAUUUGGAGUUAUUUUGGUCUAAAAAAUUGGACGUAAAGUUUAGCUGUGUUUUUAUCUGAUAUAAAGACACUCAUUAAACCCUUUUUUGUUUUGUUUUGUUUUUUAAUUAUGAAUUAUUAAUGAGUUUUUUAAAUAUUAUUUCAAUUCCCUGCAGGUGCAAGGAAGCUGUGUUUUCAUUGGGCCAUAUUUUAAAGAAAUUAAGAAAAAAAUCUUGAAGAAAGUCAAUGAAAUGACAAGUAAGAUAGCUCAAGUGUUACUUCUCAAAUAAUUCUCUAGUAAUUGACUAAUUAUUAUAUUAAUAAUAAAUGAUUAUUAUUAAUAUUUAAUAAAGGUUCAUUUCUGAUUUUUUUUUGCCCCCUCAGAGUGCACUGGUAUGGACUCGACAAGGAAGAAGGUGAUGGCUUUCGCUAGUAUCAUAGACCCCGCCCUGUGUGAUGGAGUUAUAGUCAAACUGAUUUCCACACAAAGCACAGAGCAGGUAUGUACAUCAAUAUCAAAACCUAAUUUAUUUGUUUGUUUUCUUCUGAAGUAGUAAUUUGCAUCAAGGAGCACACUUCUAAUAAUGAUUAUAAUUCCAUGCUUGAUUGCUUCCUACACAUUUUUCAUAUUGGUUCAAGAAAUGACAGGCAUUAUUACUCCAUUUUGUUAUAACUAUUCAUGUUAUACUUUAGUGGAGUAGGAGCAAUUAACCCUUGCUUGAUUGAAAUACAUUAACUGAAAUUGUGCAAAAACUAUCCUGAUGGGAUCAUUGCCAUUCCAUGGUGUGACAGUUUGCGUGACUUCUUAUGACCCUGAAAGCAAUGUCAGGUGGAGUUUUGUACUCCAGGUUGGCCACCCAUGCCGAACAGGUCAAAGGGUAGAGGAUCAACUAGCCCUCCAGUUUGCAGUUAGGCAGUGGGCUACAUGUAAUAACCCUCUCUCAUAAAACUCCUUAUUUUGGAAACCGAAACCAGAGUUGACACUGCACCCUAGCUUUGAUAAUAAUAUUAUUAUUGUGCCACUGCUCAAAAUAGAGUCACAUGGCAAGCAUAAGUGGAAGAGCUAUGUUCUCUCAGGAACAAACAGAACAAGUGAUGAUGACAACACCCAAAAACUGAGGAUUUAUAAAAUCAGGGGGAAAAUUUAUGCAAACCACACUCUGUUGUAUUCUUUUAUUCUUUUGUGCUUGUAUUCUUCUUAAACCCACAAAAAACCUCUGAACUGCGCUUUUGAGGCAACACCCUUGUAAAUUCAACAUAGCCCGGCCUUAUACAUCCCAGCCUGUUCAAUUUUUUUCCUAUUAGUACGUUAACAUCAAGACUAAGGGGAGUAAAUUUCUCUUUCAGGCCUACUCUUUCUUCAGAACAAUCAUUGAAGACAUUGUGCCAAGACUGGGAGGAAAUCCACUCAUUAAAUGAAAAAAUACUUAGAUUUUUAAUACAACUACCUCUUACCUCCCUGUCACUGGAACAUUUUGUGAGAAAGGUGUCUGAGUUACAGACGUUUCCCAAGCAGUGACAGCUGAGAAUGAGGGAUCUGUAUUCACAGUUAUGAAAAUACUCCAUAUUUUUAAAAAACUUUUUUAUCAGUAAUAAACAUCUGUUUUUAACCUUCUACAA